ACAUGCAAAUGAUGACAUUGGCGGCUACUAUCACAGCGCCUCCGGCACUCCAGACAACAUCGUGCGAGGUCGUUAUGGUUCACGUAGUCCAGCGAGCGGGCAGAUCGAAGAGACCGUCUAUACAGCCGGACCACGUGGCUUUCGCGUGAAUGGACCGAAAAUACAUCGUAAAAUGGACUUGGCACAGUAUCCGGUGCUUCCACGUGGCAGUCCCGAUGAUCCCCUAGCCGAUCCCUACGACGAUCCCUCCUACAGCUUUAGCUAUCGCACGCCGGAUCAAUCGCGCAGCGAGGAGAAUGAUGCCAACAAUAGAAUAAGAGGUCUCUACUCCUAUCUGGAUGAUGUGGGCGAGCGGCACAGCGUGCGUUAUGCUGCUGGCGCUGGAACGGGCUUUGAGAUUUCCAAUGCUGUGCCCGAUAAUCCCGUUAGUGUCAGCUACUCCAGUCCGUUGUACAAGGCGCAUCCCAAGACCCGCGGUAAGAUGUCCGUGCAACGUGGUCCUGGGGGCACCUACAAGCUGAUUGCAGCUGGCCCGGAUCAUCGACGGGCCGAGAGUCGCGCCCCGGACGGACUGGUGCGAGGCACCUACUCCUUCCUUGACGACAAGGGUGUGCAGCGCACAGUGGAGUAUAUUGCUGGGGCGGGCAUUGGCUAUAGAGUGGUGAACAAUAGAGUGGGACCUGGUACCCACAUAAAUCCAUCCGUGGCGGACUUUCGGUUGAGCGAUACGGACUUCCGAUUGGCAAAUGAUUUUGGUCGGGGAGCGGGCGGGAAAUUGGGCAUAGGCAGCGCUAGUGGCAGCAGUGCUGGUGGCAGUGGCACUGGUGUCAGCAGUGUUGGAGGUUCAGGAUCAAGUGGAACUAGCGGGCCAAGUGGGGGCGGUGCAGGCAGAGGACGAGCAGGCGGCAGUGGAACUGAUACAGAUUACCUAAAGAAUGGGGAAAAAAUUGAUGUGAGAGUAACUGGAAAUGCUUUAGAUAAAGCUGGCAAUGAGAUUGAACUGAGCAGCGGCUCCAGCGGGUCCGCAACUGCAGAUGGAGCUAAGGCUGAUCGAAGAGGAUAUGCAGCAGGCAGCUCGCAAAGAGGCAGCACCAGAUAUGAUGGAGGUGGCGGAAGUGGAGGGGGAGGCGGAGGUGGAAGCUCUGCUACCACCAGCACGAGUCGUCUCAAUGCAAGUGGAUCAAGAAAUCGCAAUAGGUUUAGUGGAGGUGGCGGUGGUGGAGGCGUAGGCGGGGGUAUAGGUGGCUCAGCGUCCGGUGAGGGCAUUGGCGCGGGUACAGGCAGUGCAGCUAGUGGACCGGAUGACAAUUACAACCUGAAUGAUGACGAUGUGGGUGGCUCCCUGCCCCCGCUGGUGACCACCAAUCAUCGCAUACUGGAAAUCGAUCGGGAUCGAGAGUGGGUGCAGCGACAUCGCGACUCGACAAUCAUUAGGAAUGUGGGCAAAUGGUAUGUGGGCCUGCCACCCGGUCAAAGUGUCCGAGCCCAUGUGCAGAACAUAGACAUUUUACCGCUCGGCGGGCGCAUCACAUUGUCACCGUCGGAGGCACUGCGCCAGGACGAGAUGGCCGAGCUGGCCGCCUCCAGGGAGCACUAGAUGGCAAUAACUAG